AAUAUUAUUUCUCAUUUUCAGAUUUAGAAAACCCCUCUUUUGAUUUUGAAGAAUAGGGUCUUCAUCUGUUGAAAACUUGAAGUUUGGCCCCUCUUCUCUUGUUACCCCAAAUUCAUGAGAAAACGCCAAUCGUUGAUUUUUCUUUCAGACAUAGAAACAAUUCAAUAUAAAGCGCGGGAUACCCAAAAGUUUCGCUCUUACUCUCAAAUCUAGUACAAGUUUUGAACUAGUGAGAGCAACGAAACACAGAGCUUUCUCACUCCAAAAGCUACUACCCAUGUUUCGCAAUCGGGUUGUUGAUGCAUGAAGAUGGGUUUGUCAUGAACUUUGCUGUAACCCCUUUGAAGAGUUUGAAGAUGAAGGUGGUAUAGUGCUGUUGUAGGUUUAUCUGGUGAGUUUGGAGGCUGUUUUUGAGCAAUUCCUUGGUGGGUUUUUGUUGAAAGAGAUCAAUCAGUGGGUAGAAAAUGUUGGGUAGUGAGCAACCUCUGGAUUUGUAUAAGCUUUUCAUGGUGGUGAAGGAGAAAGGCGGUUAUGAUGCGGUUUGUAAGAACGGGUUGUGGGAUUUGGUGGGGGAAGAAUAUGGGUUGGGUGUGAAGGUUGGAGCGUCUGUGGAAAUGGUUUACAGUAAGCAUUUGAGUUCUCUUGAGACAUGGCUGAAGAAUGUUGCUGAUAGUAAGUUCCCUGAGUGUGAUUUAGUGAAUGAUAGAGUUCAAUUCGGCAAGCGUUUGAUGGAGGUUCAAGCUGGAUUCAUGUUGGAUGGUGAUGAUGAUGAUGAAAAGGUCAAGAGGGUGGUAUAUGGCUACCUAGAUGGGAGGAAGUUGUGGGGUACAAAUAGAGUGAAGGGCUUUAAUCCAGAGUUGAAUGUGGCUGAACUUGAGACGGUGUAUGACUAUCUAGAUGGGAGGAAGUCGUGUGGUGCUAAUAGAGCGCAGAGCAAGAAUCCUGAGUCUAAUGGGGUCAAGAAAGUUCAGAAUGGAGGGCUCGUUGAUUCUAAUAUGCAGGACCAUUGGGCGAAUGAGCCUAGUCUCGGAAACUUCUGCAACCAUACAGAUGCCAUGGAAACACUGAAAGAGUUUGAUGCAGACAAAAUAUUAAUAGUGGAUGUAUCUGGUAUGAUAAAAAACAUGCCUGGAUUAUCUGAUGGAGGCAAGAGAUGCGAGAAUGAUAGUCACAAUGUCGAUGUAGUGAAAUUGGAUCCAUCAAGUGUUAAUAAAGAGAGCUCUGGUCGUAAGAGGAAGAGAAAUUCUAGGUCGGAGAUGCUAAGCUGGGUUAGUGGCAUUGCAAAGAAUCCUUGUGAUCCUAUAAUUGCUUCAGUUCCAGAAAAGUCUAAGUGGAAGUCUUACAGUAAUCAAGAAAUCUGGAAGCAGGUUUUGUUGUUUCGAGAAGCUGUCAUUCUUAAAAAAGGUUCUGAAUCAAGCAGUGAACAGCAGGGUCCAAGGAUGCAUCCAUCCAUGUAUGAUGAUAACUUUGGGGCAAAUUACAAUCUUAGGCAGAGGUUUCAAUGUAACAAGAGCCCUUUAUCUGGAAAAUCUACAUCAAAUGGAGCCUCUUCAUCUGGGCGAACAGGAAGAAGUUUAGAGAGAAACCCUGGUAAAAAGUCACAUAACUCUGUGCUCUCACAUCUGGACAUUCCUCUAGGGCCAGACCAUCAAGCUGAAAUGCCUGAAUGGUCUGACAUGAGCUAUGAGAGUGAUUCCAAGUGGUUGGGGACCAAAAUAUGGCCAACAAAAGCUGUGAAUUUCAAUCUUCUUGAAAGGGACCCUAUCGGAAAGGGAAGACAAGAUUCAUGUGGUUGCCAAGUACAAGGUUCUGUCGAGUGUGUCCGAUUUCACAUUGCUGAAAAAAGAGCUAAAGUGAAGAUGGAAUUGGGUGUGGCUUUUUAUCGGUGGGAGUUACACAAGGUAGGUGAAGAAGUUAGUCAUUCGUGGACAAAGCAAGAAGAGAAGAAAUUCAAAGAUGUGGUAAAAGCAAACCCGCCUUCAUCGGAUAGAUGUUUCUGGGAUCAUAUUUUUAAAGCAUUCCCUAUGAAGAGCAGGGAAGAUUUAAUCAGCUACUACUUCAACGUCUUCCUCUUGCAGCGCGUAGGACACCGAAGUCGGCACACUCCAGAGGACAUUAAGAGUGAUGAUGACGAAUCAGAAUUUGGACCAUUGAGGAAUGUUUUUGGACGUCCGACCCAUACCUUAUUACCCCCUAAGAAAUCACAGACAAAGGGGAGAUAGCAUGUGAAUGUGAGUCGAAUCAUGAGCUUCAUUGAGAAUGUAAAUUGAUAACUUUUCUUCACUACAGCAAAAUUUCAAGUAUUCCUUUGCUUAGGAUAUCAAAUCGUCAUUGCUUUUGAGGAGUAGCAGUUUGCUUUGGUGUAGGAUCAAUUUAUGAGAGAUGAAAAAUAUUGUCUUUGGGGGUGGAAGCUGCCAACUAUGACAGCAUAGAAGUUGGGGUUGCUUUUAGUUUACAAGCUUCCAAUUUUGAGACAUACCUUCUGUUUGUUCACAGUGAUAUAUUGCAGCUGCAGGUACUCUUAAAUGCACAUAUUUUCACCAGGUUUUGACCACAGGGGUACAUACAACUUACAAAAACAGCAUCAGGAAAUAUAGACCAACAUUUUAAGAGGAUCAUCAAACAAGUACAGUGUAGUUGAGUUUUGAUUUCAGCCUUUCAUCUGAUGCGAGUUUCUAUGUGAAUGUUUUUUGUUUCCAUUGCAAUACAUUGUUUUCGACUCAGUAUUUGCAAGUUUGUCUAUUUCCUUUUCUAACUCUGAAGUAAUUCUAUGGUUGAAUCAUUGAACCUUGAACAAGUACUUCAAUCGGUUUAAUGACCGUUUCAAUUUUAAAAAUGUUGAUGUUUAUAA